UCUCCGAAUGUUCGGAGCUCUUGGAAUAAAAAAUAUGUGCUUGCAACGUUAUGUCAUUUAUGAAAAAAAAAAUCAAAUUAAGAAAUUACGGAUUAUAUAGAGUUGCUGUGGUUUAACAGUUUUGGAUGAUAUUGUACCAGGAUUGUUUUUUAUUUAACUUCGUUUACUGCAAUUUCGUUUCAUUUAUUAAUCUAUUAAAUUCAUAAAAAUUGUUAUUGCAGAAAAUAGAGUAUUGUAUUUUCCAAUGAAAACCACUGCAUGCCUUAUCAGUGUUUGCAAAAGCGAAUGACCAUAGAUAACAAUAUGCUGUCAAUAUGUCAAAUAUAUAUAAUUAAUCAGGCUACACUGGCACGUUCAACAAUUUAAUAGUGGACAAGAGCCCCAUUAUUUGAAAAAAGCCGAACAUAUACGCUGAGAGUGGGCUCUAGGUCGUGUCUAUAAGAAUACUUGUUGCUUGCGGUUACAAAAGAUGAAUAGAUGCAUUGCUCAUAACAAUUGAGAUGAAAGAUGUGACAUAUUUUCUACCGUGGAAUAUCAUUAAAACUGACUACUCUUUCUUUCGGAUAGUGGUUUGAUGUUCUGUCAUAAGAUCUGAUAUAACAAUUAAGGAUACACGUUUGUGCAGUAAGAUGAACGUGUCAAACCAGACGAUGCCAAGCGAUGGCGGGGCAAUUCCAGCCAACCAGUUUGCGAAUUUCACUGCAUUCGACAUUUUGUACUACACUGCUCCACAAGUGGUUAUGAUUGACAGGGUUAUCACGCCGAUCUGGUACAUUAUUGGUUUCCUGGGCAAUCCAAUUUCAGCAAGGAUCUGGUUGUCAAGGAAAGUUUGUAUGUCAAAUUCUUCAGCUGUAUAUUUUGGUUCGCUUGCGAUCGUGGAGACGAUUUACCUUGUGCUGCACGUAAUAUACGAACUGCAGUAUGCCUGGGGAAUCAACACCUAUCACAGUCCUGUCACUUGUGAAAUAUUCAAUUUUCUUCUCAUUUCACCACAAUACAUGGUCCCGAUGCUAGUCUUGGGAUUCACUACAGAGCGGUAUAUAGCGGUGUGUCAUCCAUUUGCGAAGGAGAAAUACUGCACGGUCAAACGCGCGGUUAUAGUGAUUUGCUGUAUGGGUAUUGCGUCGGUCGCCCUGGGGCUAAUUCAGGUGUACUUGUGGUCAUACAGUGACAUAAAUGGCUGCGUAUUUCGCGCAGGUGCUGAGAACUUCCAUCAAGCGUGGACGUGGUUCACAGAAAUGCUUCUGUUUCUCAUUCUACCUGUGGCGUGUCUUUUGCUGAACGUGCUCGUUAUCAGAGAAAUCAAGCGGCUUUCAAUGGAGAGCGCCGCUCACGGUCAGGGGACAAACCCGGCCUCCACAAUCACGUUAUUGUGUGUCUCGUUCUACUUCAUAUUUACACUACUUCCGGCAACGAUUGUGUACGCGAUGCAGCAGUCUGUCACGCAAGGCGACCCUUCACUACCGCUUGACCAAUGGGCAUCAGAUCCAGUAUGGAGCAGUUAUUUCACGUACUUAACGAUCCGCAAAAUCGUGGAAGAAAUUUGUCUCUCUAAUUAUGCAACAUAUUUUAUUAUAUAUUAUGCCACAGGUGUAUACUUUAGGCGUUCAUUCAGACAGUUGUUGUGCAUACCUAUCAGACCGAACAGUCGGGCCGUGACUUCAGACUUCAGUAUGUCCUUAACUAACGGCAAGCACACGUGCACAGAGACAGUUGUUCUGAAUGACAUGGAAUCUCCUAGUGACACAUGACAUAGAAAAGUAAUUAAAGACAUUUCGUAUAGAACAUUUAUUGUUUACACGUUUACUUAUUUAUUUAGUAUACAUUAUUAGUUUUGUUAAAUAUCUGGACAUGUUAUAAGGCCAAUCCAAAUCGUUUCUAUGCCUAGAAUGGAUUGAUAUGUAUUUGGCUUCCCGAUAAAAACACUAAUUAUAUGAUCACCCUUGACACAACACAAGUGCAAACAACAUGCUUCAUUCUUUGUACUAAUAUCUUGGUAUUUUACCAGAAUGGACUAUGGAGGCUCUCACUGUGUCUAUAUUCCACUGAGGUGUCACUCAUUUACUCCUUUACUUUGUUUCGGGGACUCGUUUUUUCAUGAUAGCUAAAUAGGUUUUCGUACUUAGGGUUGACGCUGAACAAAAACACAAUUUGGUAUGGCCUUAUUUUAUAUUGCAAUAAUUCUAUGUACUUAAAUGAAUGGGCAUGUUUGAUGAAUGCAUUGGGUACUUACACUUGAAGUGAGUGAAACAAAGUUCGUAUCCUUUUAAAAAAUGAGUUUACUAGAAUGGUGAAUACAAAGUGUUUUCGUUCGUGUAUUAAUUGUGUUUAAGUAUUCAAUAAACUUAUUUGUCAGCUUAAUUAGUAUGAACUUUCUGUAUUGGUUAGAUUAUAUCUAAACACACGCACGGAUCAAGUAAUUAAUUGGACUCAACUCGACUUAACUCAAUGUCCUUUUAAUAUUAUUAUAGUAUAUCACAGUUUAAAUUUAAGUAAAAGCAGGUAAAAACUUGAUAAUUAAUAAAGGUGGGAACGAGCAUAAAGAGGUGGAUUAAUAGCGGCUGUACAACAGGUUUGAAAUUUAUCAUUAUACAAAACAAUUAUAAUAAGUUAGUUCAAAUUGCAUUGUUAAAAACAACUUAUUUGGAUAAAGGUAAAAUAUAAUCGAUACAGUAAUGAUAUUAAGAAAACAAAACUAUUUAACACAUAAUUAGAUUUGUUUAAAGUGAUUAACUCAGAUUUUAACAAAACAAUGCUGCUUUUCUUAAGGUAACCGGCUUCUUACAAUUUAAAACUUCACUUAAAUUAAGGACAUGCGGCAUUGAGUAAAAACGACAAUGAAUGCAUUUUUCCUGAUAGGAAAAAAGGCGGACAGAUAAGUAAAUAAUACAGUUUGUCACCGAUAUCCUUUAGAUAACAGAACAUAUACUUUCUUUUGACAUGUGGUACAGCAUUGUCUCCGUCUACCGACUUCGACAGGAAAUUGUAUGGUUGCUAGUACGGAAAUGCAAAAAUGUAAAUCGAAGAGAUUUGGGUAAGAUUUUAAGGUAAUCUUCAAAUUUUACUUUGGACAUAAACAGAAAAUACAGUCUACCCGUAGACGAAAUAUUAAAUUGUUUAAAAAAAGUUUGCUGAAAUAGGUCUACAAAAUUAGAUUCCAAAAGUUUACAAACAAGUUGUGCAGGUACUCUCGUUUGAUUAAGUCAAACUUAUGAAUGACCCGUUGAAUCACGUAUAUUGAUUUGAGGUUAUUGGCCAAACUGAGUUAUUGCUAUGUAAAAUGUAUUAAUAGGCCAAUAAGCUCAUUUUAGAGAUACGGGAUGAAAGGAGUUUACACCAGUAACUUAUCAUUCUGGCCCUUACUAUAAUAUAGAGGGUAUCUACCAAGUUCUGAGUAAAAGCAUGUACCGUGUAUUACGCUUUCUAGUAUAUGCAAUCCGAAGCAAACAAUACAAUGAAGUUGCUCGAACAGAUCAAGGUUUUUAACUCCUAGACUUCACAUCCGUUCGUUAGAAUGGGGACAAUGGUAGUAUCUACAAUCCUCAGUUGUAUGUCCAAAUGCA